GUCUUUUGCAAGGGGGUGUCUGAGCCCACCCCUCCUGCCUGAGGCGAAUGUUGGCUCAUCUCUCUUUGGGACAGCAUCUGGGAAGUGAUAUGGGGAGAAAAGCGAGCUCCAGGUGGACUGGGCAGACUCUGAGGGUGGGGCCUUUAGAUGGAAGCUUGCUAGCUGUCAACAUCAGAUGGAGCUGGGGGAAUUGGUAAUGUCAGACCCCUUUCUACAUAUUCUUCUCUCUCAGGAAAAGAGGACCUUGGGAAGAUGUCUGUUUUAAGCAGAAUCUUUUAGAAGACAGUAGGGUGCUGAACUUACAGAGCCCUGUGCCCAAGCCCUAAGGGAAGCUGGACAAGUAUAUACAAGUACAUACAAGGAAUGUACAGUCCCCUCAACUCUCAUACUGUGACACACUCUUUCACCAAGUCAAGGCCUUCAGACACUUCACUCUAGUACUAGUAGUGUGUUCUCAGAGCCCUCCUGAGCUCUUGAAACAUCACUGCUUCAAGGAAAGUCUUUCCUUCCCCACCUUUGCAUACCUGCUUCCUGUCCCCCUUCUUCACUGCAAGAGCUGUUGUCCCAGUUAUGGUGUAGCAGUUGUGUAAUCAGGCAUUUCUUGUCUGUGUACCUUGCUAGACUGGAAACACUGUAGGCCCCAUCACCAGCACUGUUCUUAGCACCUAAUAAGUGCUCGGAACUAUUUGCCCUUGUUGGCUUAGCUGACCCUUGUGAACUGAGCACAGGCUUUGAAGUCAGAUCUGAGCUUGCCUGUCUGGACCAGGUCUCCAGAAGAGCCUCAGUGAGCUGUCUCUGAAGAAGAGAUCAGUUCAAAAUGCGGUGCGCUUGCUGAUGCGAAAAGAUGGCUGCUGCCAGUUUGGCUGUUUUCUGCAGAAGAGUCUCAGCCGCUCUGAAGGCUUCUACGUCGUUAAUAAGUUCUCAGGCCCUUGCUAGCACAGGUUGCAGGUUUUCUCUGAGUCUGUUGACUAAGAAUACACCAAAUGUCACAUCUUUUCACCAGUGUAGAUUACUUCAGACCACAUUGUCUAGGAGAGGACUGGAAGAAUUUUUUGACGACCCAAAGAAUUGGGGGGAAGAAAAGGUGAAAUCUGGAGCUUCAUGGACCUGUCAGCAGUUAAGGAACAAAAGUAAUGAAGAUUUACAUAAACUUUGGUAUGUUCUCCUGAAAGAAAGAAACAUGCUCCUAACUCUAGAGCAGGAAGCUAAGCGGCAGAGGCUGCCAAUGCCAAGCCCGGAGCGCUUAGAAAAGGUAGUAGACUCCAUGGAUGCAUUAGAUAAAGUUGUCCAGGAAAGGGAAGAUGCCCUCAGACUUCUUCAGACUGGUCAAGAAAAGCCUAGACCCGGUGCUUGGAGAAGAGACAUCUUUGGAAGAAUCAUCUGGCACAAGUUCAAGCAGUGGCCUAUACCUUGGUACCUAAAUAAAAGAUACAAUAGAAAAUGAUUCUUUGUGCCCUACGUGGAACGUUUCGUCAGAUUGAGAAUUGAGAAGCAAGCCCGCAUCAAAGCAAGGAAGAUAAGUUUAGCACGAAAGAAAGAAAAGUUUCUUCAGAAAAAGUUUCCACAUCUUUCUGAAGCCCAGAAGUCAAGUGCUGCCUAAGACGUCUUAACCAUAAUUUACCAUUUUGUUUUUCUUGGAUUACAUACAAGAGUAAAUACUAAGUGGUUUAUAAAUAACUUGUGUUUUUAGUCAAAGGACUGUCGAUUGUUUUAAGAGUUAUUAUGGCAUGCUAAUUUUGGAAGUGGUCAAAAUCAGAUAUAAAGUUCAGAUUAAAUUUCCAUUUUAUAAA